UGUACUAUCGCAAUAAUAUACACAUAACCUUAACUAAUACGUUAAAAGUAAUGAAUAUGUAGCUAUUUGCUUUAUAAUUUUAAUAUGCCAUUGACAUUAUACAACACACAUAAAAUAUUUGUUAUUCAAACAUGUUGUUCUAUACAAUAUUAAUUAAUUUUAUGACAUUAAAUUAUUAACUGUAUAGUAUGUGUACACAAAUUAUUUUCUUCGUGCGUAUUUAAAGUAAAUUAUUAUUCGGUCUUUGUGUUUUUAAAAAUGGAUAUUCUAAAGGCAGAAAUAAUGAGAAAACGCAAGCAAUUGGAGGAAAGCAACAUUCUGCAAAAUAACAGAAAGUAUUUUAAAAGGGGAGAGUUGAUAUCAAAGGAUAAAGAAGCAAAAGAAAUACAAAAGACUAAUGACGAAGAUGUUAAAGUUAAUGCAACUCAACAGCAAGAAGAAUGUAUAACAGAUGGUAGCCCCGAACAUUUAAUGUUACCUAGACAUGAAGUCAUUAGAAGAUUACGCGAAAGAAGUGAACCUAUAUUAUUGUUUGGAGAAUCAGAAAUAGAGGCAUUUAAACGAUUAAGAAAAUGUGAAAUUCUAGAACCCGAAGUAAACAAGGGGUUUAGAAAUGAUUUUCAAGAAGCUAUGGAACAAGUAGAUCAAGCAUAUUUGAAUGAAAUAUUAUCUUCUUCAAAACCACAAGAUCGAAAUGGAAAAGGAGACGUAAAUGUACCAGACGAAGGCGUUACUUACGAAGAUUUACAGAAGAUGUCUGUUAAAUUGAAUAAAGGCGAUAGAGAUUUUGAUUUAAAUGUCAUUACACAAUUCAUACAAUUCUUAGUGCAAAUGUGGGGCAAUCAAUUAAAUAGUAGAAGUACUGCUGAAAAAAUGAGUACCAGAGGGAAAAUGGCUAGCGCCACUUACGCGCAAACACGAGAAUAUUUGAAACCUCUUCUUAGAAAAUUAAAAAAUAAAUCUCUGCCAGAGGAUAUUACUGACAGUUUAACUGAUAUUGUAAAACAUUUACUUGAACGCAAUUAUAUAUUGGCGAGUGAUGCGUAUUUACAAAUGGCUAUAGGAAAUUCGCCAUGGCCUAUUGGAGUAACUAUGGUUGGUAUUCACGCACGUACUGGAAGAGAAAAAAUCUUCUCCAAGAAUGUUGCACACGUAAUGAACGACGAAACUCAAAGAAAAUAUAUUCAGGCGUUAAAAAGAUUAAUGACUAAAUGUCAAGAGUACUAUCCCACAGAUCCUUCCCGUUGCGUAGAGUAUUCAAAAACAUAAUACUUUUAUGUAAAAUAUGUAGAUAAGCACACAAUAUAAGAUGUAAAAUAUUUAACAUAAUGGCUGUUUCUCAUAUUAUUGUUACAAUUACAUUAUUCUGUACGUAAAAAUAAAUUAGAACUAUGACAAAAGUGUUUGAAUAUUCCA